AUGACAGAUAGCCAGACUAGCACUUCACCCGACGGCAGCAGACGUCAGGCCAAUGAGUUUCCCUCACCCGCGGGUAGCUCUCGGCCCGAUCAGGGCUCAGCGACCAAGAACCUCCCAGUCUUGUUGCAAGAAGCAGAGGGAAACCUGGAGUGGAAAGAGGGCGAAUUCGAUAAGAAUGCCGCCGGAGUCGCGUCUAUUGCCGUGGCGGCGAUAGACGGACUUAAUCUCCUUGUAAAGAGCGGCGGCAAACUUAACGAGAGAGACUUUGAUUUAAUCAAGGAACUCGUGGACUUUAUUCCACAGGAAACAAUAGAUUCCUUCUUGCAGGAGCUUACUGGUUCGGUGCCCCCCCAAUCCGGAGGGCUUCUACCAGUGAAACAAAGAACCAGACCACCUCCGGUCCAGCGCCUCUUAUCCCCCAAUGCGCCGGCUGAUAAUGAUGGUGGCGUUCCUGUCAAUGCUCUACCAAGUGUCUCUAAUAAGAAUAUCAAUGCCUCCAGCCAGAUUACCUCAACCUCAGAGUUCUCGGCGAGUAGCGAAAACCCCCCAAGUCAAGCUCACCACGAAUCGCCCGACAGCUUUUGA